AGACAUUGCCCGGCCGGUGGCGGGGCACGCAGGGGCGGGCCCGCAGCUUUGGGCGGUGCCAGCUUGCUACCGGGGCAGGGUUCACUGGUUGGGCGCAGUACCCCGGGGAAGCCGCCAACUCGGCGGCGCGCCCAACCGACCCAGCCACCGGCCCCGCCGGGCGCGCCCAUCUUUGUUCCGGGGCGCCGUGUCUGCCUGUGGCAGGCGCAUAGGCACACGACGCCAAAGAACCCGCAGCCGAAGGCCGGGGCCAACCCACCGCUUCGGCCCCGAUGAACAGACCUGCUUCGAAGACGCCGAAUUUUGGCGCGGGCAAGCGGGGACAUUCUGCUAUGAUAUUGGCCUAAGCGCCCGGCAAAGGCAGGGCCCCUGCAAUGAGUCGGAUGAAGAGCAAAGGGCUGCGCUUGCCGGUUAUUUUUGCCACGGGCCACGAGGAGCCGGGUUUUGCCUCGAGUGCCAGGAGAUGGCGCGUCCUCGUGUCUGGUGCCGGGCCGGGCCCCGCGCGCGGGCCAACGCCAUCCCGGGAGCGCGUUCGUUUCGAACGAGCGCCGCGCGGCGGCGCCUUGCUUGGCUGCAGCAAGCGGCAAGGCCAAUCCGCACACUACGACACAGGGCCGAGAACUUCUGUGCGGUAAUUGCCAUCAGCCAUCUACUCGGAGUAUCGCGCAGAGGCGACGAACCAGCGCGGAGGCUGUUGCUCCGAGUGCUUCGCUGCUUGCUUGGGUCCGUCGGCUCGCGGUUGGUGGGCCACGGCGAUGGGGCGGUGGGCCCUGGCGCUUGUUUGGGGAGAUUUAUUGCCGCCCGCCCUGCCGUGCCGGCCCGUUUCUGGGAGAGGGAGCCCGGGGGCCGCGCGGGCCGGGGUGCGUGCCUGCUCGCACGCCCCGCCAGGCCGUGUUGGUUUGGCUGGGUGGCCUUGGCCGGCCCGUUGCGGUUGUCAGUCUGCCCGGGGACCAGUUCUGACCUGGCGGACAAAUUCAGCGGAGCUUUUCAGUUGGUUUUUCGCUUCCUUGGCGGAACCCCGCCCGGUCCGCGCGGGCUGGUGCUCGGCCCUGCGUUCAAGCCGAUUAUUGCCUGCUGCAGCGAUUUCUCCCACUCGACUCCGCCUCGUGGUGUGGUGAGUGCGAUGCCAAAUCAUGAAACUGGGAGGACUACGACCAGACGGGGCGGCCAUCGAUUGGAUAGGCUCGCGGCCGCGAUUGGGUAUUUCAUUUUGGUAUACCUACGUAUAUCAUAGUGUGGGCCAGGGUGACUACGAAAACAAAGAGAUGAAAGCAGCGAGCGCAGCUCGCAGAGGCACCGGUGUUCUGCUCUUAUGGAUUUCGG